AUGAUCGAUAACACUUUCCUCGAGGAGUUCAUGUAUCCACAAUGCAACAUCGCUCUUAUCGGAAACAUUGCCACAACCGAAGUCAGAUACUCGCAGUGCAGCAACGCUCUGCUCGGCGACAACGCCAUCGAGAAUUUCCGAUUCUUCCAGUGCAUUUUCGGCAACAUCGUUACCACUUUGGAGAUGCAGAAGGUGCGCGAGCAGCAGAUGGCGCAACAACAGGCAGCGCAACAGGCAGCGCAACAGGCGCUAUCGCUGCGCUGA